AUGGAGCCGGAAGAGGGGACGCCCUUGUGGCAGCUGCAGAAGCUUCCAGCCGAGCUGGGCCCGCAGCUGCUUCAUAAAAUAAUUGAUGGCAUUUGUGGCCGAGCUUAUCCUCUCUACCAGGAUUAUCACAGUGUUUGGGAUUCGACAGAAUGGAAGAAUGUUCUAGAAGAUAUUACCAAAUUUUUCAAAGCUGUAGUUGGUAAAAAUUUACCUGAUGAAGAGGUCUUCCAGCAGUUGAAUCAGUUGAAUUCAUUUCAUCAAGAAGCUAUCAUAAAAUGCUUGAAAAGUAGGAAAGAGGAAAUCAAGAAGGCUCUGUUAGAAGAAAUAGUUGAUAUUUCUUCUGCACAGCUACAGGAUUUUGACUGGCAGUUAAAGCUUGCACUGUCUAGUGACAAGAUUGCUACGUUACAAAUGCCACUUUUAAACCUUACUCUAGACGUAAAAGAAAAUGGUGAAGUCAAACCAUAUUCUGUCGAAAUGAGUAAAGAAGAGCUGCAGAAUCUAAUAAAUUCCUUGGAAGCAGCUAAUAAGGUGGUCCUGCAGUUGAAAUAACUGGAAAUGAUGAAUACCAACACUAUCAGAUUUCACUGCUACACCUGAUAACGGCCGAGUGAAUACUGUGUGUUCAGAAAACCUGCAAUAUACGGACUCUUAUGCUGUGCUGAGAAAGCAACAGUGUUGAGAUUGCAAAGAUAAAAAUUUAUCAGCUUCCCUAAAGAACAGGAAAUGACAUGGUUGACUGGAAAUGCAUAAAAAUGAUAGAUGAGAAAGCUAUAAUAGCAGUUUAUAUUUUCGUAAUGGCUGUUUUGCCCCAUUUAUUAAAUAUUUGAGAAAUCUUUAUAGAUAUACAGUUUUAUUGAAAGUUGAAAAUAGGUUCUAAAGUAAUGUAAACAUACAAAGCACAAAUAUACUUGAAUGUUGCUUAAAGGAAUAUAUGAAUAGCAAGGAUGUGUAUUAUGGAUAUAUAUGAUUAAUUUGUAAUAUUUUAAAAAAUAACUUUUAAAGAAUGUAUAAGCUGCAUAUAUAACUCAGGAGAUUCCAUAUCUUUCUUAUAUUUCAAAGGAAAGAUUAUAAAAUGUAAAUUUCUUAGAGAAAGAAGCUCUUCUUCAGACAUGAGCAAGAAAAAGUAAUUAAAAUUGUGUGAACAGU